CUCACUAGCUUUCUCCCCAUGGCUUCGUCUGCGUAAUCAAAGAUGUUCUAACACCUAGAAAAAUGGAUGUCAUACAAAUAAACCCUCAAAGUGUAUUUGAUACGGAGCUAUAUGAAAGCGUACUGGAUCCUAAAGAAUGUCAUAAACAAUUGAAUUAUUUGUCAAACAGCUCUUUGGUUUUGCAAUUUCUAGACGCGAGCGCAAAAAUUCCAAGUGGAUUACUAUCCCUAAAUGUUUUUGAUUAUGGGGACUACUUCGAGUGCCUUGAUAUAGACCAGUCUGUUAGCGAUAUGCACAUACAGGGGAAAUUCUGUAUGAUUAACAUACCGUUCACACAGAAAUCAAGCAAAAUGAACAUGUACUAUAAAAGCAUGCUGCCGAAAUUCUCAACUAACGAUCUAAUGGAACUGCUACCUGAACAGUUGGUAGUUUAUUUCAAAUCUCUGUUUGAUAAUGUAGAGAAUUCGCCUGCGAUAAGGGAUUCUGCAGGCAGUACAUUACUUUCGCCAACUUUGAAACUGGGCUUAUGUAUUCCAAGGGUAUGCACGGUUAAACAGGUGGAAAACUUCAUUAAUUCCCCCCUCCCACUCCCAAAGGUGACGUAUGUCGAGAGUUUCUGCCGACUUCCCAAUGACAUACCCUAUGUUACUGCUGAUUAUAUUGCUUUUGGCGUGUUUGGUACACUUUUUCUUCUAACUCUCCUGAGUACGUCUUAUGAUUUGUAUCAAGUAUUCAUUCGAAAGAAAAAAGAAGUCAGUAGAUUACUCACUAGUUUCUCAAUCUAUACCAAUACGAGGCGCUUGGUGAAUUUCGAAUCCCAUAAGAAUGCUUUGGAGUGCGUUGAUGGGAUUCGAACGUUAUCUAUGUUUUGGGUUAUAUGUGGACACACUUAUAUAUUUACGUUCAUGACGCCACCACACAAUAUGUCUGAUGUUGUUCAGUGGACGUCAUAUUUCUCAAGUACAUGGAUAUCUGCAUGCCCUAUCGUUGUGGAUACAUUCUUUACUCUCAGUGGUAUAUUAUGCAUAUACGUUAUACCAAACAAUAUAACUGCAAAACCAUUCUUGAAGCACAUCCACAUAUUCUACCUCUAUCGGAUCCUGCGAGUUUUCCCUAUCUUGGCGACAAUAGUCCUCCUCCAGAUGUCAAUCAUGACCUGGAUCUCUGAUGGCCCUGACUGGGAGAAAAUGGGCAUGGCUUCGGAACUCUGCAGACAACGCUGGUGGGCCACAUUAUUGCAUAUACAGAAUUACUAUCGACCACUAGGAAUUUGCGUCUUGCAAUCUUGGUACAUAACAGUGGACACUCAGCUAUAUUUGCUGAGUCCUUUUGUAAUAGUGUUUCUUCUGGGUUCGUCUUUGGUCGCCUGGAUUGCAAUUACUACAGUUGGAUUGGCAUCUAUGAUUAUAGUCGUAGUUUAUGUGUUCAAAUAUGAGUUCCCUUCUGCUCUCAUGAAUGUUUACUAUACAGAUUCAUUCGUGAACUUCUUCCACGACUUUUACUUUAACACAGCCACUCGUGCCUCUCCGUUUGUAAUCGGUAUAUUAUUUGGUCAUUUAUUAAGACUAUAUCGAGGAACAAAGAUAGAAUUACCUAUGAAAUACGUCUUAAUCCUUUGGAUAACAGCGUUCGCUAGCAUGGCAUACUGUGUCUUCGGUAUCUAUGAAACAGUCAGCAUACCAUAUGAAUUCACUUUGUUUGAUGCGUUUCUAAACUCUAUGAUGAGAGCAUUAUGGGCUAUUUCACUAUGUUGGCUGAUAUUGGCAUGUGUUCAUGGUUAUGGUGGACCGAUUAACUGGUUCCUGUCGUUACCACUAUGGAAGUUACCGGCACGUUUGUCGUACGCGGUAUAUCUGGUGCAUUUAGAGAUAUUACUUGUCAUUAAGAGUUCUCUGGUAAAGCUACCGUAUUUCACUGAGCUGGAAGUAAUGUACGAAAUAGCUGGUAUUACUUUGCUUUCUUUACUCUUAAGUUUCAUCAUGUGCGUUCUUAUUGACGCUCCAGCAUCCACUUUGGUUAAACUUCUGUUUAUGCAAAAGCGACCCGUUAAGAAUCAACAGAAAAGCGCGGCUAUAGAGGAAGAUUUCAGUAGUGAAAAUAAAUGCAGACAACAUUUUGAUAAAUAAUAUUUAUUCAUAAUAAUAAUGUAUACUUCUAAUUGAUUCUAAUUGUUAUACAUCAAUGUAAUUCGGGUUAU